CUCGCCCAUUGGUUGGGGCUCCCUCGGUGAAGGCGGAGCUCUUCGGCUGCGUAACGGAUCCUGCAGGCUCGGAGCUUCGGUAAUCAGUUCGGCCCCAUGGCGUCCCAGGGUCGUCGGCGGAGGCCGCCGCGGAGGCCCGAGACGGUGGUGCCGGGGGAGGCGGCCGAGACGGAUUCGGAGCUCUCUGCGUCCUCGUCGGAGGAGGAGGAGCUGUACCUGGGCCCCUCGGGCCCGACGCGCGGCCGCCCCACGGGGCUGCGGGUGGCCGGGGAGGCCGCGGAGACCGACUCGGACUCGGAGCCCAGGGCCGCGCCGGGGGACCUGCCUCCGCUCGUGGUGCAGCGGGAAAGGGCCGGGGAGGCCUGGGGCGCGGAGGAGACCCCGGCGCCCGCGCGCACGCUGCUGCAGCUCCGGCUGGCCGAGAGCCAGGAGCGGCUGGACCACGACGUGGCGGCCGCGGUGAGCGGCGUGUACCGCCGCGCCGGCCGCGACGUGGCCGCCCUGGCCAGUAGGCUUGCGGCCGCCCAGGCGGCGGGGUUGGCGGCCGCUCACAGCGUGCGCCUCGCGCGGGGAGACCUCUGCGCGCUGGCCGAGCGCCUGGACAUCGUGGCCGGCUGCCGCCUGCUGCCCGACAUCCGCGGCGUGCCGGGGACUGAGCCUGAGCAAGACCAGGGACCGCGAGCUUAGCCGUAACCCCGCCUGACUCUGCGCCCUGGGGGUGGGCCUUGAGGCCUCUGGGACCUGGCUCUGUGCCCUCUGUAGCUCUCUUCCCAUCUUGCUGUCACCUUCAGGGCGACCCUUGCCCCCACAAUAACGCUGUGUGUGUGUGUGUGUGUGUGUGUGUGUGUGUGUGCGCGCGCGCGCGCGCGCAGAGGGGGCGGGUAAUAUUGUGCAGCCACGCCUCUAGCCCUGGAUUCCACCCUUUCACCCCACCCCCACCCCGCCCCGUCCUGUCCCCAUCUCUGCUCCCUGGUUCCGACCCUAUCCCUGAGGCUUGGCUCCAGCCCCUGGGUAACCCUGAUCUCUCUCCAUCCCGGGGGUCCCACCUUGCUCACCUUUUCUUGUGCUCUGCCUUUCUUGAGUUUGGUUUCCGCUCUUAGGGGCUGGUCUGUCUUCUUCGCGUAGAAUCGCCAGAAUCUGGCUCAGGUUCCCUGAUGUCUGUCUUCACUCCGUUGGCUCUGCCUCUGCUCCUCUCGCCCCCCUUCUGCAUUUUUUUUUUUAAAGCUUCUUUUGCUUUUCCCAUUCUACUUCUACUCCCUACGUGAUCCUGAGCUCUGUAGCCCCGCCCCCGCUAUGGCCCAAAAUGAGGUCCCCCGCCCCCGACUCUCCAGGCUGACAGUGGCACCCUUCAGGCGCUUAGCUCCCAUACAGCCUUGCCUGGGGAACUUUGGGCGCAUCGUGACACCAGUUUGCAGGUGAAGACCGCACACUUGGUGUCCGCUCACUAUGUUGGUCCCUGGAAGCCCCAGGGAUUUGGAUUUCUGACUCAGCUCGGGGAUCUGGGGUUAGCUGACUCUGCUCUCUCUUCGGCGCCCAGCUCUGGUCCCUCCGUCCUGUCCGCAUCUGUCCCCCUCCCCCACUUUUAAAUCCCAACCUGCAUCUGAGCCCUCCCCCCCCCCACCCCGGAAUAGAGACGUGAAAAAAAAAAGUACUCUGUGCCUGUCCUGUUAACACUCAAAACAUUUACUGAUGUGGAGACUUUGUCUUGUCAACCCAUCUUAGCUGGAGUAGGUUCGUUGGCGAUUUCUCAGAGAAGGGGGGCUCUGAGAGAGCUUUCAUUUCUGGCCUAUUGAAGGGGAAGCGGUCGCCGGGAAAUCGGGAUGUCUUGUUUUUUGCCCUGGGCUGCAUGUAUUCAUAUUUUGUUAAUUCAGCUCACCAUUGUGUGUCUGUCCUGUGCUGGGCACCGGGGGGCGCUGCCGCUGGGCCGAGCCUGCCCAGAGCUCCCAGUCCCCUCUAAGAGGCCGACAGUAAUAAAAUACUCUCCUAAAUGAA